AUGGCCGCAGACACAUCAUCAAAGUUGUUCUCAAAUCCAGUUAAUAUGUUUGGUCUUAAUCAUUCCACUGAUUCAAAAAUAUCACAGCUAUUCAAACAUCUGAUAUCUCUUCCUCCAAUGGAUAAAUAUGGAUCAAUGAGUGGUCGCUGCGACGUUGAAACUACGCAAAUGGAAACAUUUCUUUCACGAACAUUCGGUUUUCAAAAUAUUCACGGACAAUAUAUCGUGCAUGGUGUCAAAGCAUUUCACUUACACAGAUCGCCUUAUUCAAUGAAUCCGAGGUCUCUAAUUCAUUUUCCCAGCGAGUCUGCCCCUAAGUCAUUUGCAAUGAUCUUGCAAGAAAUUCUUGAUUGGCAACAUUCAUAUAGAGUUUAUGCUGACAAAAAUAUUAGAGGUAUGGACAAAGAAUUUCUUCGACGAGCAUUACAAGGACGAAGUAAAUAUGGGAAAGAAGCAUUUCACAAAGAUCGUCUUCGAAAUGAUUUAAUGCGAAUGGCAAGACUUCGACUACGAGCAUGUGAUAAUGAACUAAUACAAGUUGUAGUCGAAACAGGUAUUGGACUGGGUAUUUUUGCUGGUACAGCUAUUGGAAUCGAUGAAACAGUACGUUCACUUUCUGCAUCCGCUAUUCGACAAGUUCUGGAAGAAGAUGGGUCAACUUAUCGAAAUGUACGUGCUGUUGUGUUUGCUUUACCUAUUUUUGGUAAAAGGCAUCGAAAUAGUAAAACACAAGAUACCUAUCAAGUCUUUGCAGACGAAUUCAAUCAAAGCCAUUACCAAGGUCCUAUUCCUGUAUUAAUUGCUGAUCAAGACAUGCAUAGAUUAACUGUCGCUAUUGCUCGAAAUGGUUUCAAUGUUUCUGAGUUGAAUCCAGCUGAUUCACAUGGUGUAUUUGGUGAAUAUUGGCAAAAUCGAGGACCAGCUGUGGAAGAAAAACUAGCUUUAACUACUGUGGGUCUACUUGUACAACAUCAUCUCAUUAAUCCGUAUGUGCUUAAUCCAGACCAUUACCAUCUUAUUUAG